GAGGCAAGACGACACUGGUUCCCUCGUGUGGACGAAAUCCAUCAUGUUAUCCCCUCUCUCCCCCUCUCAAACAAAAACCAGACCGUUUGGGUUCACACUUCUCUUCUCUAAUGGUCUCCCGAACCAUUAGCUAAUCCGAAUGGCACUCUCUCUCUUCCCUUGCCAUCACCACUCUCUGGUUCUCAUCCGUAGCCCUCUCACCUACUUUCCCAUUUUAGAGACAGGGAAGAGACCCUCGAACAGGAACUCAACUGGGUUUCCAUGUCGCUGCUCAUGCUCUUCCUCCAAUGGUGGUGCAGAACCAGCCACGCUAUCUUUACAGUAUGACGGAAGAAGGGCACUGCUUGGCGCUCUCCUCACAACUGUUGCGGGAGUCUAUGCCUGUGAUGUAGCUGAGGCUGUUAGCACCAGUAGAAGAGCUCUUAGAGGAGCAAAAGUACCUGAAAGUGAAUUUACAACUCUUCCCAAUGGUCUGAAGUACUAUGAUUUGAAGGUUGGGGGUGGAGUUGAGGCUGUGAAGGGAUCUCGGGUUGCAGUUCACUACGUUGCGAAAUGGAAAGGCAUCACUUUUAUGACUAGUAGACAAGGACUGGGUGUUGGAGGAGGAACGCCAUAUGGAUUUGAUGUAGGCCAAUCUGAGAGGGGAACAGUGCUUAAAGGACUGGAUCUAGGUGUACAGGGCAUGCGGGUUGGAGGCCAGCGAUUACUAAUUGUUCCUCCUGAGCUAGCUUAUGGAAGCAAAGGAGUCCAGGAAAUCCCUCCCAAUGCAACAAUAGAGUUGGAUGUUGAACUACUGGCCAUUAAACAAAGCCCAUUUGGGUCUUCUGUUAAAAUUGUUGAGGGUUAAUGCAAUGAGUAAUGAUGAUACCCACACAACACGUUAAUGCAGUCAUGUUGGUUUGUUGUAUGGAUGACUGAAGAGAAGGAUCCCUCGUAUGGCGGUUUCUGUAAAUUGUGAACCUGCAAUUACAUGUGUUUCGGGACAAGACAAAAUGUCAACUAAAAUUAAUGUUUGUGAAUGUUGUUUUAGGUUGUGUCUUUAGAUCUCAGAAUUCAUCCCAAGUCCCGUUAUUUUCUGAUAAUUUAUUUUCUUUUGAUUUAUUUGUAAGUACAUGAGAUAUAAAAACUUUUCCUUGUGGAAUACAUAAUAAAAUAGCAAGGCAAAAAAUCUAGAAGAUGCGUAAAAAUACGUGUACUGUAA